UUUCUCAUUACACUUAAAUGGCGGAUAAUUCGUGGGAUAAAUGUGUGGAAGAAGCAGUGAAUGUGCUUGAAUCAAGACAACUCCUUCGAUCUUUGAGACCCAUUUGUGUGUCUAGUCAAAAAGAUGAAGGAAUGGUGAGAAGCAGAGGUAAAGAAGGAGACGAAUACAAAGUGUUCGAUGGUAUGUCUCAAUGGGAUCGGACUUCGGUAGAGGUUUCUGUCUCCAUACCCACAUUUCAUAAAUGGCUUCAUGAUGAGCCCAGCAACGGAGAAGAGAGUUUAAGUGGAGAAGCAUUGGGUGAAUGUAGAAAAGAGCGUUUUAAGAAGCUACUUUUAUUCUCUGGGAAUGAUUAUUUGGGUUUGAGCUCACAUCCUACAAUAGCAAAUGCUGCUGCAAGCGCAGUUCAAGAAUAUGGUAUGGGACCUAAGGGUUCUGCGUUAAUAUGUGGCUAUACCACUUAUCAUCGUUUGCUUGAGUCUAGUUUGGCUGAACUGAAGAAAAAGGAGGAUUGUCUUGUUUGCCCUACUGGAUUUUCUGCCAAUAUGGCUGCAAUGGUUGCAAUUGGAAGUGUUGCUUCUCUUUUGGCUGCUAGUGGGAAACCUCUGAAGGAUGAAAAAGUGGCCAUCUUUUCUGAUGCACUGAAUCAUGCAUCAAUUAUUGAUGGUAUCCGUCUUGCUGAACGACAAGGAAAUGUUGAAGUUUUUGUAUAUCGACACUGUGACAUGUAUCACCUUAAUUCGUUACUAUCAAGUUGCAAAAUGAAGAGGAAGGUUGUGGUGACUGAUAGCUUAUUUAGUAUGGACGGUGACUUUGCACCAAUGCAAGAGCUCUCUAAGCUUCGGAAAAAGCAUGGCUUCUUACUAGCCAUUGAUGAUGCUCAUGGAACAUUUGUUUGUGGAGAAAAUGGUGGUGGCGUAGCUGAGCAAUUUAACUGUGAAGCCGAUGUAGAUAUAUGUGUGGGCACUUUGAGUAAAGCAGCUGGGUGUCAUGGCGGAUUCAUAGCUUGCAGCAAGAAGUGGAAGCAACUGAUCCAAUCAAGAGGACGUUCAUUCAUAUUCUCAACAGCAAUACCUAUCCCGAUGGCUGCAGCUGCUUAUGCAGCAGUUGUAGUGGCGAGGAAAGAGGGAUGGCGAAGAAAGGCAAUAUGGGAGAGGGUGAAAGAGUUUGAGGCAUUAUCUGGAGUUCGAAUCUCAAGCCCCAUUAUAUCACUUGUUGUCGGCAAUCAAGAGAAAGCCCUUCAAGGGAGCCGGUAUCUACUAAAAUCAGGCUUCCAUGUAAUGGCAAUAAGACCACCCACAGUGCCACCCAAUUCUUGCAGGUUAAGGGUGACCUUGAGUGCAACACAUACCACAGAGGAUGUGAAGAAACUCAUCACUGCGCUUUCUUCUUGUUUGGAUUUUCACAACACCAAUCACAUUCCUUCCUAUUUAUCUCCCAAACUCUAGAAACUUUUUUACUGUCUUAAUGAUUUGAUCACUUGAAAUGGAAACUUUCAUGUACUGUUGUAAAAGCCCUACUUUUGAAAAUGUG